UGUAAAGUAAAAGAAGAAGGAAAAAUAAAAUGAAAAAAAAGAGAGAGAUAAUAAAUUACUCCUUUUAUACGUUUUCUCUCAUUAUCAUAGACUUUCCCAAACUAAAAAAGGGAGAAACUCGGAGCCAGAAUUCAACAUUAAAACAAAAAUUUCAUGUGAUUGUUAUUAAAGAAGACAAUUUACAUUAUUUUUCCCCACGUGAAAUACACUCAUAAUUAUUGGCCAAAUUCACUAAUUCCGGGGUCUCC